AUGGGCGCCGAUUGGAGUUGGAGCAGGAGCAAAUGGGUUGGGUUAGUGGCGGCGGUGUGGAUUCAAGCCAUCUCCGGCAACAACUACACUUUUUCAAAUUACUCCGACGCUCUGAAAUCCCUCAUGCAUCUAAAUCAAAUUCAGCUCAACAAUCUCUCGGUGGCGAAGGACGUUGGGAAGGCAUUUGGGCUUCUUGCUGGUCUGGCUUCUGACAAAAUGGGGACUUGGGCCAUUCUCCUCAUUGGGUCUCUCGAAGGUCUCAUCGGUUAUGGCGUUCAGUGGCUCGUCGUCAGCCAAACAAUCCAACCCCUCCCCUACUGGCAGAUGUGCAUAUUUCUGUGCAUGGGUGGCAACAGCACAACAUGGAUGAACACGGCGGUUCUAGUCACCUGCAUCCGCAACUUCCGCCGCAGCAGAGGCCCUGUUUCCGGCAUUCUCAAAGGCUAUGUCGGUUUGAGCACCGCCAUAUUCACCGACCUCUGUUCUGCUCUCUUCGCCCACGACCCUGCUUUGUUUCUUGUCAUGCUCGCUCUCAUCCCUUUCGUCGUUUGCCUCUCCGGAAUCUUUUUCCUCCGUGAGAUUCCUACCGCCGACGGCAACGACCAUGAAGACUCCACUUAUUUCGGGGUCUUCAGCGCCGUCGCCGUCCUCGUCGCCGUUUACCUCUUGGCCUUCGACUUCGUGCCGAACCCUAGCACGUUCGCGUCUCGAGCUUUCUCUGUCGGUUUGCUUGUUUUAUUGGCGGCGCCGUUGGGCAUCCCGGUCCACUCUCACUUCAAAUCACGCGGGUUGGACCGGUUCAAACCGGAUUUGGAGGGGCCGAGUAAGGAACCGUUGCUUCGCGGGAACGACAAGGGUUAUGAAAGUGAGGAGGAGAGAGGGAGUGUUUUAGCGGAAGACGCGGUGGCGGUGGCGGUUGGAAAGAGUGGACCUGCGCUGGGGGAUGAGCACACGAUAUGGGAGGCGCUGAGAACCGUGGAUUUUUGGAUUUUGUUCGUGUCGUUUCUUUGUGGGGUUGGAACGGGUUUGGCUGUUAUGAAUAAUAUGGGUCAAAUCGGGUUGGCGCUGGGUUAUUCGGAUGUGUCCCUCUUUGUGUCUUUGACCAGUAUUUGGGGCUUUUUCGGUCGGAUCGUAUCGGGUUCGGGUUCGGAGUACUUCAUAAAGAAAGGUGGAACACCUAGACCCCUUUGGAAUGCAGCGUCUCAAAUUGUGAUGGGCGUGGGAUACAUACUCCUGGCCAUGGCCAUGCCAGGUUCCCUUUACGUAGGGUCCAUUGUGGUUGGCAUAUGCUACGGAGUGCGGCUUGCCAUCACUGUGCCAACAGCCUCGGAGUUAUUUGGCCUCAAAUAUUAUGGUCUCAUGUACAACAUUCUAAUCCUUAACCUUCCCCUUGGCUCUUUCCUCUUUUCUGGUCUGCUAGCUGGCAUUCUGUAUGAUAUGGAGGCAACUACCGCCACAGGAGGAGGCAACACUUGUGUUGGACCUCAUUGUUACAGACUGGUAUUCAUAAUCAUGGCUGCAGCCUGUGUUGUUGGGUUCUUCUUAGACCUUCUGUUGUCAAUCAGAACCAAGAAGGUUUACAACAACAUCUCCUUCAGCAAAACCUCCAAGAAAAACUCAGUCACAUCAAGUACGCCAUGA